AUGCCUUCAAAGUGCCGCAACAAAAUCAGUCCCCAGAAGAAGCCGAGACGACGCUACACCAAGACUGUGAAGCGAGCCAUGCUGAGCGCCACCAAGCUCCUCACCUUCGAUGGCACGGCGAAGUGGUUCAACCUCGAUGGCGCUGGUAGACCCGAAGAGAACCUCGACACGGCCGCUAUCGAUGCCUUUAUGCGCAAGCUCCGUGGUGCCAAACGUACGUAA